AUGUCAGACACUGUCCUAUUUGUCAACAGAACAAGGUUGGAACAUCCCUCUACUGCUAAAAGUGUUGUUCAAGCAUUUUUAGACAAUGUCUUUAUGCUUUAUGGACUUCUACAAACCAUUAUCAGUGACAGGGAUGAUGGAGUAUCCUUACACAUGUACGUAGCUGACCAUCCUCAAAAAGAUGGCCAAACUAAGUAUAAUACUUCCUAUAAUUCAACUAUUCACAAGACACCGUUUGAGGCUCUAUAUGGUGUACUUCCUCCUAUUCAUAUUCCUUAUAUGCCUAAAGAUUCUAAUGCAACUAUGGAUAUUUUUAUGAGGGAUAGGGAGUCUGCAAUUUCCUUGUUGAAACACCAUUUGACUAGACACUCCGUUGCUGCUAAUUCGCAUCAUAAACUAAGGAAGCGAUACUAUGGGCCUUAUCAGGUUAUAGACAAAGUUGCACCUGUGGCUCAUAAACUCCAAGUACCUUCUAAGGCUAGAAUUCAUAAUGUAUUUCAUGUUUCCUUUCUCAAGCUUGCUCAUAUUGCUGUGGUAGCUUCUUCAUAUUUGCCUCAGCUGCCUCAACAACCAUUUCCUUAUCUACAAGCUAUAUUGGAAAGAAAGAUGGUUAAAAGGAGAAAUCAGGCUGCUAUCUAA